AUGGCUGGGUACAGCUGCCUCACCUGCCGGAUGGCGUUCCCUGACUCGGAGAUGCAGCGAGCGCACUACAAGACGGACUGGCACCUCUACAACCUGCGGCGCAAGGUGGCCAACAUGGCCCCGGUGACCGCCGAAGGCUUCCAGGAGCGGUUGCAGGCGCAGCGGGCGGUGGCGGAGGAGGAGAGCAAGGGCACGGCCAACUACUGCACCGUGUGCAGCAAGAAGUUCGCCACGUUCAGCGCCUACGAGAACCACCUCAAGUCGCGGCGGCACGUGGAGCUGGAGAAGGGACUGGGCGCCGAUAGCAGCGUGGGCAAGGAUGUCAUGAACGCGGCCAUCCAGCAGGCCAUCAAAGCCCAGCCGUCCACGUCCCCCAAGAAAGUGCCCUCCGUGCCCGCGGAAGGGUCCCAGAGGGCGACGGGCCCGCGGCGGGGCGCUCAGGAUCCGGACCCCGCGGAGAAGCCGCCCCGGCUGCAGUGGUUCGAGCAGCAGGCGAGGAAGUUAGCGAAGCAGCGGUGGGAGGAGAGUGAGCAGGAGGAAGAGGAUGAAGACCAGGAGGAAGAUUGGGAAGAUAUUGAUUCAGAUGAUGGAUUGGAAUGUGAGAACCCUGGACAGAAUGAUGAGGAUGAAGAAGCUGGGGAGAGCCCGCCCCCAGGUGCCAUCCCAAUAACAGACUGCUUAUUUUGUUCCCAUCACUCAAGCUCCCUCAUGAAGAAUGUGGCUCAUAUGACUAAAAUCCACAGCUUCUUUAUUCCUGAUAUAGAAUAUCUUUCAGAUCUGAAAGGACUUGUUAAAUAUUUGGGAGAGAAAGUCGGUGUUGGCAAGAUUUGCUUGUGGUGCAACGAGAGAGGGAAAUCCUUCUACUCCACAGAGGCUGUGCAGGCACACAUGAAUGACAAGAGCCACUGCAAGCUCUUUGCAGAUGGUGAUGCGGCUUUGGAGUUCGCUGACUUCUAUGACUUUAGGAGUAGCUACCCAGACUACAAGGAGGGACAGGACCCUGAUGAGAUUGAGGAGCUGUCCUCAGAAAAGACCUUGGAAUGGGAUGAUGAAACCAUGGAGCUGAUACUUCCUUCUGGUGCCAGAGUGGGUCAUUGCUCCUUGAUGAGAUACUACAAACAACGAUCUGGCUUGUCAAGAACUGUGACGGCUGCUAGAAACCAGAAGGCUGUGGGCAGGGUACUCCAGCAAUACCGAGCCCCGUGGUGGACAGGCAGCACAGGAGCAGCUCUUGUGCGGGAGCGGGACAUGCAGUAUGUUCAGAGGAUGAAGUCCAAGUGGAUGCUGAAGACGGGGAUGAAGAACAAUGCCACUAAGCAGAUGCACUUCAGGGCCCAGGUGUUGUUCUGA